AUGACCAAUGGUACAAGAGGCAAGCAAAAACAAGAUACAAAGCUAAGAAAAGGUGCGAGAGGAGAAUAUCAGACAGCACUAGAAAGAAAGCUGAAACAAGGGUGUUAUUCUACUUCACCUAAUAAUAGCGAAAACAAGAACGUCCAGAACAAAGUAGCAGAAUCAUAA